UCGCAGCGGUUCGCACGUGUUAAGCCUAGUUUAGGUUUUGUGAAGUAUAGUUUGAAUUUAUCAUAAAUUAAUCUACAAAAAAGUGCUUAAAUUGCUUCAAAAUGACCACCGGUUUGCAAGCGCAGCUGCAGCGGCUUGCAGCACCACAAACUUCGAUUCUAUACGACAGUCGCAAGAAGUUUUCGAUUCUGUUCAAGGAUGGUGAAGCCGCUAACAAGGAUCGUGAAGUAAUCUACGAUAUCGGUGUCAGCGGGCUGGGAGAACUGAUUCAGCUAAAUUCAAGUUUUGCCUAUUUCGAGGAUACGUUGUUUGACAAAACGUCAAUCGGUUUGCAGCGAGCAGUGGAAAAUAAGGAAUUGAAUCAAAAGUUAGAUGCUAACAUAAGAAAGUUUUUCUUCCAUUUGUCGCCCUACUUUAUGCUGCGACCUGCUCACAAAUGUUUGGAGUGGCUUAUCCGGCGGUUUCACAUUAACGAGUACAAUCGAGAGGAUUUCGUCAACCUGAUUCUGCCUUAUCACGAGACAAUAAUCUUCGUUCGAUGUGUGCAAACUCUUACAAUUUCUGGCGACAAAGAUCCAUUCUACUGGUUGAACGGUGUAAAGAAGAAGGGUGUUCCCCUGUCGAAAAAGGCGAUUAUUAAUCAUGCCUCUGGGCGGCUGGGAUUUCUCAGUACCUAUGGAAAGUUUCUGGUACAGGCGGUGAAUGAGUUGGACAAUAAGGCCAACGUCUUGCAGGCCAUGAUUGCCUUCUACUGUACGACGACUAUUGGUGUGCUGGAUGGAUUAGAGACGGUCGGGGAAGAUUUCGUCGCCGCUAUACUGCGCACGCUGGUGAAAGGAAUUAGUUCAAAGGCGGUUGAUUUUACCGCAGCCAGUUAUAUGACGAUCGGUCAUUUGGUUACUAAGGCUACCCUGGCUCGUAAGACUCUGGAAUCGUUGCUGGUUAGGUUGUGCAACGGAAUGCACCUUUCGCUCGUGGGCAAUGCUGUCAUGCUGAUGGUGCUGAUUGUUCAAACUCAGAAGGAGCAGCUGGGAGAACUUUCGGACGAUGUUGUCGGUUCCAUUUUGGCCACCAAAUGGUUAACACAAACGUUGGCCGCAGUGAAAAAGGAAGGAGUCAGUGUAAUUGUACUGAUUGAAGUUUUGCUGGAGAACUGCUUGCGAAAGAUUUGCCGGCAGCAAGCGGAUUUGGAAUUGUGUAAAAAGUUUUGCGAAGAAUUGUUGCAGGAAGUGACACUGAACGAGGAGGAAUCAGAAGUCAUUAUUCAAUGCAUUCUGGAUUCGUAUUUUCGCAAAGUGGAAAAAGCUCCAGCUUCCAGUGUCAGUUCAAGCGACGAUAAAGCCUCCGAAGUGAUUAGUUUAGAUUCAGAAGACGAAGAUUUUGAACGGAAAGACGAUAACGUUACCCGUUGGUAUUCGGAUUUUCUGCGGCAGCUGGAAAUUCAGUACCCAAAUGCAUUUGAUCGAACUGUGAAGCGGGUUAUGAAAGGCCAAGGAAACUUUUCUCAGAACAAACGGAACGCGUUGCGAAAUGUGCUUGGCUUUCUGAUGCGAGUAUCUUGUGAUGAAAUGGAAACGAAUGUAUUUGAAAAUUUGUUCCAUUACGAUGUUGACCGUAGAACGGAUGCCGUUCGUUAUUUGGUGGAUAAUUUCCAAAGCAUAAGUCUGAAGAAUGAAGGAAGUAUGGACUUAGUUAGCGAUAGCAUUUACGAACGCUUAGAGGAUGAUAAGCCCGAAGUAGUAGCGGAGGUGCUCAAGUUGAAAGUUGUAGAUUUAGUGCAGCUAAUUGGAAAAGACCGGCUAAUUGAAAAACUCUCCAAAAUUAGUUUGAAAUGCCUUCGAUAUAUGGACAGGUGGGAGUCUGUAACGCCGGAAGUGAUCAAACUGCUAACCAACAGAAUAGUUUACGAGAAGACUAAUGUAAACAAGAUCAUUAUUGCAUUGUAUCCUUUCCUGUUCCCACCGGAGGGUGAUGUUCUGGGCGAGAAAAUUGCCAUGCUUGUCUUGAGCACAGAAUUUUCCAAAAAAUACAAUAUUUUAAUGCUUUCAACAAAUCAGAUGGAGAACAUAGAUUGUAACUCAAUUUUGAAUACACUAGAGGAAAUAGUUGGAACUGGGCAACACUUUCACGCCAUCCAGGUUUGCUUCAAUGUGUUGCUAGUGACCUCGUCACUACCACCCAAUGCUUCCGUCAAGUUGGCCACUCGAGUGUUUCGGUUUGCUAAUCGUCUGCUGAGUGGAAAGUUUAAAUAUGCUCCGUCGUCCAGCUUGAAAUGCCUGAAAUCCAAUCGUUUGCCGAUGGAUAUUCAUGUAAUCAUCAGUGGUUAUCUGAUAGAACGUGUGCAAUUUGACACGCAGAAUGUGAAUCUUUCCAACCAGACAGAAUCGUUUAGCUUGCAAUUGAAGGUGUAUCAACUGCUUGUCGAGAAGUACUUUGAAAUGAAAGAUGAACACGGUGAAAUCAAAAAGGUCUACGGAAAGGAGUUGAGUAAAUUUUUGAAGAAGCUGUAUCCGGUUGUCGAAGAUAGGAUUGAAUUUUUAACGCGCUUUUAUACUGCACAUUUGAUUGAAACCGAAUCGUCGGAGGGUGAUAAUAAAUCAACUGUCAUUGGACCGGAGCUGCAGAUUAGAACGUUCCAGCUGCUGAAUGCAAUGAUCGUGCAAACUGGAUGCACCAUGAGCUUCGAUAUCUUUCUUAACGUUAUGUUGGGUCUAACCUCCGAUUCGUCGGUAGUUCGUGAGUGUGCCGUUAACACAUUGGAACUCCUGGCAAAGGGGAGAAACGUCAAAAGCAAUUCGACGCUCGAAGCGUUUCUUACGACGCUGUUGAAACGUCGCGAAGAGCUGGCAAUGGAUGGGGAACAGCUUUCGCUGGUGCUCUUCACAAUAUUUUCCCGUAAUAAAUCCGGCUCGCUGGAGUACGUGCUGGAGCAACUAAUGAAAAACGUUGCCAAUUGUCCGCUGUACUUGGCCGCUGGAAUUCUGGAUAUGCUAAAGCUGGUUGAUUCUGAGGAGAUUUUUGCAAAGGCCGUAUUUCGCGGAAAUCAAAUACUGGACAGGGUCAAGCAGCAAGAUCACCUGGGCAAUAUCUUCGAUAUUUAUGAAUCCAGAUUUCUUAGACUUCUGGUAGCUAGAAUUAACGUGAAUCUAGGAAUCACCGUUUAUGAAAAGUUCCUUCAAUUUGGGCUUUCGAGUCAUGUGCCGCUGAAAAGUGCAGAUGGCAAAUAUUGCUCUACGGCUAUUCUACUGACAGACAUCAUUGACGAAGAGCUCUUUGGAUCCUUAUCCGAAAUGAAUAUCGUAAAAUUACUUCGAAUGAUAGUGGACGCAGCUACUACGGCUCAGAAUCCUGAAACUGUUGCAGCGGCAGGAAGGUUCUUCAAAAAUCAAACACUGGAUGGUGGUUGGAUGCUGGAAAUGUUGGAUGCAAUGAAAAACCAGCAAAAAAAUCAGGGAAAAAAUAAAAGGAAAUCUGGAGAUGUAGCUGUUUUACCUGAUUCCGCGAGUUGGAAACGAGGAAUAACGCUUCUGGAAUUACUCCAGAAUAGAAAACGACUGAUAAACAGAGCAGCACUAGUUCCAAAGUUAUUUGAAAUUCUAAAGUUAUGUUUGGACUUUGAGGAGCAAUCCGGAGUGGAAUAUGUGAAACAAAUGAUUUUGUCUUUACUUUUGCAUUGUUGUACGGACGCAGCCGCUGCUCCCGAGCAGGAAGCUCUGUCCGGUAGUGCAUUCAUAGUUGAACUGAUAGUUCAGUGCAUUCGAGGAACUCAAAAUCCUCAAACACAUCACCAUGCGCUGCUACUGCUAGCACACGUGGCACACCUUGUACCCGAUCAGGUGUUGCAAAAUAUGAUGGAAAUAUUCACCUUCAUGGGUUCGUCCGUUGUUCGACAUGAUGACGUAUACAGCAUCCAAAUCAUUUCAAAAAUAAUCGAAACAAUAAUACCCACAUUGGCAAGUGGCAGAGAGUCCGGCGAUGGCCAUUCAGAUCAAGAACGAGUUGUACCAAUUUUAAAAAUAUUCUCUGACGUUAUUCUGGAUGUUCCCGAGCACAGACGUGUUCCGUUGUACUCUAAGCUAAUCCAAACACUUGGACCGUCCGACUAUUUGUGGAUGUUCCUAGGAGUUUUGCUCGAGUCGGAUGUAAUUAAAGGCGGUAAAAAAGCGGAAGAAGAGUCUGAGAAAAGAGCUGGCAAAAAGAAGCACCGAAUUGAGCCCGAAUACUCACCAAACUUUACCAAACGUCUCGAAAUCGCAAUGAACAUUGUUCGAGAGUUUGAACCAUCGGUGAUUGUUGAAACUUGCACCCAAAUAUUGAAAUACAUUCAACAGCUUCCGGUACAAAUUGAUACGAAAAAGUCUAGUAUGGAGGUUGACGCUAUAGACACAGAAAUCUUCAGCAUUGAUAGUCAUACGAAUAAACAACUGCGGCAUUAUCGGUAUUCCAGCUGUCUAUUUGUCGGAACACUCAUAAAGUCGACUCACGUGAUAAACAAAAUCGCACUUCUAAAUGAAGAGGAAACUAUCGCAAUGAAGGUGUGCUAUCGUGAUUUGAUUGUAGGCAGCUUAGCGUACGUCAAUGUUGUAGCCAAAAUGGUAGAUCGUGCCCGCAGUGAAAACGACGACCGGGAAAAAAGUUACUGGGAAAUUUCGCUGGUCAGAUGUUAUGAAAUUUUGGAGGGCGUUAUUGCUCUGCUGGCACCCGACAUGAUGAUCACCGUAUUCAGUGGAUUGCUGAAGCAUCGAACUUUGUUGAUCCGCUUGAAAGUUAUUGACAUUUUUAACAGGAAACUACAGUACAGUCAAGAUUAUUUCGAUGAAACUCACCAUUCGAGGCUUCUCGAGCUACUUAACCCACUGAUGCAACUAGUAAAGGAGAUUUUUGCCGAAGACAACGUUAUUGGGAGUACAUCGGCAAGAUUUAAAAUCGCUCAGGAAACAUAUUUAACUUUCAAACAUCUAUCAAAGAUCUUAGCUCACUCAAAUCCAGCCCCAUUUAAACCAAUUCUAGCUGGGUGUGUUGAAGAGUUGCAUGACUACAAGAAAAAUCCAAAUCCUCAACUACUGGCGUCGUUAAUACUGUGUCUUGGAGAAGUUAGCGUGAAUGUUGGUGCUCACUCUAUUCCGUUUCUACCAAAGUACGUCCCAAUACUUACGAAAUUCAUUGCUCGUCAAGUACAAGCAGAGGAAACUUUCGAUAUACUAACCAGCAGCAUUGUUACAUCAAUUCUGAAAAUUAUCGAUGCAUUGGCUCGCUUCCUCAGUCCGUACUUGAAAGCAAUCAUCGUGGGAGUUUCCAAACUGCAUGCAAAACUUUCGGGUAAAAAUGACCCACGCCUAUCGAAUGUAUCUUCGAGACUGUCUCAAAUCUGGGAAAAACUUGCCACUUCAAUUCCGCUUCGCGUUCUGCUACCUGCAAUCGAAGAAGCGUACGGUGACCUCGUUAAUGACGCAGCCUUGGAUGCAAUUGGACCACUGAUGAAACUUUUAUCCAUUUCAUUCGACAACAUCCAAACAAGCGAGUUCAAUUCGAUGCAGUCAGAGCUGUCGGAUUUCUUUUUAUCCGCACUGCAGUUCCGAUGUGAUAAUUCAUCCAGCAAUAAAUUUCUUCCACAUUCGAUUGAUAUUGCCGAAGAACACGUGAUUAAAGCUUUUGUUGUACUGAUUUUAAAGCUAUCGGAAAGUACCUUCCGCCCGCUCUAUUAUAAGGUAUUUGAAUGGGCCAACCGUGAAUCGUCUAGUAACGACCGUGCCAUCACAUUCUUCAACCUAUCCAGUCAUGUGGCGGACGCGUUGAAGCAUCUGUUCGUUCUAUUCGCAAGCGAGCUGAUAACAAAUGCUGCUAAACUACUGGAAGCCACAAAUUCCAGCAAAACAUCGGAAGAACCGUACUUCGCAGAACCGAAGAAAAAUGUAACCCUUGUAAGAUACAUCCUGCGCACAUUGCUGAGUGUUUUCGUGAACGACAAUCAAAAUUUUAUAAAUUCAAUACGCUUUGAUACGCUUCUUCAACCAAUUGUCGAUCAACUGGAAAACGCGACCGUAUUCGAAGAUGAGGAAGUACGUCGACUGGUGGUUGACUGUUUGGCCCAGCUAGCGGUGGCCGUUGCCGAUGACACUCUUUGGCGACAGCUCAACCAUCAGGUGCUGCUCAAAACAAGAAAUAAUGAUUCGGAAGUGAGGUUGUUUGCCCUGGAAGCCUGCAAGCAGAUUGCGCUAAAGAUCGGAGAAAAUUUUGCUCCGCUACUGCCGGAAAGCAUUCCAUUUUUGGCCGAACUGCUCGAGGAUGAGAACGAAACGGUGGAAAAGGCUGUAAAGAAGACGAUCCGGGAAAUCGAAAAAGUCACUGGAGAACCACUGCAUAAAUACAUGUAAUGCGGGUGGUAGUUGCAGUAGGCUUUGGGUAACAAACGAGUUUCGAUUAGAAGUGGCAAUGUUU